GGAUUCGGAAGGAGCGCUAGCCUGAAAGAGAUAACAUCAGGGCGCUCCCGGAAGUUGCUCACUUCCUGCUUCCGCUUCUUCUGGAGAGGAAUGAAAUAAAGAUUACUGGCCUCUUCUUGGACUGACCACUUGAGCCUCCAUGACACGUCACGGGAAGAACUGCACAGCAGGAGCUGUCUAUACUUACCAUGAAAAGAAGAAAGACACAGCUGCCUCUGGAUAUGGUACCCAGAAUGUCCGUCUGAGCAAAGAUGCUGUCAAGGACUUUGACUGCUGCUGUCUCUCUUUGCAGCCUUGCAAGGACCCUGUUGUGACCCCUGAUGGGUAUCUGUAUGAGAAAGAAGCCAUCCUAGAGUACAUACUGCAUCAGAAAAAAGAGAUUGCCCGGCAAAUGAAGGCCUAUGAGAAGCAGAAGAAUGAGAAGAAGUUGGAGAUGGCCGAGCUGAGCAAGGCAGCCAAAGAGUCCAAGGUGAAGAACUUCCUGGACAAAGAGCUGAGCAUUGUCAGCAAGCCCCUCAACCCUUUUGAUCAUAAGGCAGGAGAUUCUGAGCCUGGACCCAGCAGUGAAGACAAAGACAAAAAACUCCCCAGCUUCUGGAUCCCUUCACUGACCCCUGAGGCCAAGACCAAAGUCAUCCCCAAACCAGACAAGUGUGUGUACUGCCCCAUGAGCAGGAAACCCCUGAAGCUGAAGGACCUGAUCCCAGUGCACUUCACUCCUGUGGAUGCCAGUGUGGAUCGCGUGGGGCUGAUCAACCGCCAAGACCGCUAUGUUUGUGCUGUCACACGGGACAUGCUUGGAAACUCUGUUCCCUGUGCUGUACUCCGUCCAUCGGGCUCUGUGGUGACUCUAGAGUGUGUGGAGAAGCUCAUCAAGAAGGACAUGGUUGAUCCGAUGAAUGGAGAGAAGCUGACUGACAAGGAUAUCAUUGUCCUACAGCGGGGUGGCACAGGAUUUUCAGGUUCAGGUGUGGAACUGGAGGCCAAGAAGUCCCGUCCAGUUAUGCAAGCUUGACAAGCUGACAACUGUCCUGGCAGAAGAAAGGAGCCGUCCCUUUGUUUCUCUGUGCUGGUUACGAUCUGCUUCCCUCAAUGGUAUUUAGUGCAUAUAAACAGAAAGAGAUAGCAAUAGUCUUCUGUAAUGCUUGUAAAUAAAAACUGUUUUUUGUGUA